CCGCCCGUUGUCCCCUCAGCUCGCAUCUCAUCUCACCACCACCACCUGCCUCGUCCCUCAUCCUCACCACCAUCUCCAUCUUCACCCUCAUCUUCAACUUCAUACCCCAUCCGUGUCAUUGUUCAGGGUCCCAUUUUGCCCUUCCUUCCCCAAUUCUCGAUUUCCCCGAACUGCACCUUUUUUCACCGACUUUUCAGGUCCCCAACGCUACUUCGAACCCAGACCCUCGACAUCCGCUCUUAGCCUUGGCUUCAACUGUCGCGAUUCAAACAAAUAUCUUACCACGAAUACCGACCUUUCAUAACCAGCGAGUCGAAUUGAUCGACCCGUCUCAAUGUUAGGAAACAGACGCUCGCAACUAUAACCUCUGGUCAUCUCAACAACUCGAGAUACCACCACAUUCGCUCACUAUAUAUCAACUUUCACGCACCCAUUUAUUACGAUUUGCAAUCCACUGUUCCACUUCAAUCAAAUAUCAUUAUACAACCCCCAGGCACAACACAACAAGCUCGUACGAGUUAAGCAACAGAGUUCCACAGGACAUCAGCAGGUGGUUGGAAGAUAAACUCGUUCGGCUGUGCCACGUCAACUUCAGGACCAGAACUCGGUACGGCGGCAACCACAAGUUGCAAGGCGAUCCCGGGCUGUGCUCAGAUCGUUUGCCUUGCUAGCAGAGGCUCUCUCUACUAAAUACAUUGGGCCUGUUCCCACUCCUAUCAUAUACUACCCAUAAAUCGCUCAAAUGGCAGUCUUCGGCGGCGAUAUGUCGAGGGGUCUGUUUGCCCGCGAGUGUGUCCCCUGCCCUUCAGUAACACCUGCUUGUCCAUCCUGCCCGACGGGCUCGAAAUGCUCAAUAUCAGUCCAGACCUGCGACACCUGCCAAUCGACGUCCUGUAUCGUCGAUCCUACAGUAGUCACCCCAGCGAACCCUGAUACAUCAACAGUUGGCGGUGGUGAUUCCAGCCCCAAUGUCGGUGCCAUCGCGGGCGGUGUUAUCGGAGGACUGGCGGCGAUUGCGAUUGUCGUAUACCUUGUGUGGAGAUUCUUCGUCAAGAACAGGAGGGCUCAGUACGAGGAGGAAUAUGCGGAGCAAUAUACCAACCAAGCGACGGAUUCGGAGAAGGAUUUCGCAUCAAGGCGGGACGCGCGUGCGUCUACUCAUACAGUCGGCUCGAUCGCUUCUACCGUUCUUACCAGAGCAUCCAACAUUAUCCAGAUUGCAUAUAUUCCAGGCGUUACGAACAGAUCGGCACCUUCAACGCCCGGCCUCCUCGUUCCCCCGGUUCCUCCGAUCCCUAUCGCCCUCUCGGGCGCAGGCACCCCGAGCUACGAGGACGAGCACUUCUUCAUGCCUGGCGACCUCCGCGACUCGACUUACUCUGCCAUGACUGACCGAACGUCAUACGCACCACGAUCCAGUGUCGCAUCUACCAUCUACGGCAAGAACGCCGUUCUUUCACCGUUACCCGCCCAGACUGUUAUGAGAGGAAAGGCAGCUGUGAUCAGCGUCAAGUCCAACGGAGGCCACUCGCCGGGUGAAUUAACACCACCAGUUCCAAACGUGGAUUACACCCGAUAUAAAAACAACAACAUGCAACCCCCACCCAGCCCAGCAUUCAGCGUCGGCUCCACCUUCCUCAACAGCGCCAGCGCAGCUACAGCAACGCAGAUCAAGCCAACGAUGGUCAAAGUGAUUCAAAAGAAGAUCAAUAAGCCGAAAUCUACAACCGCAGAGUCGAGCGAGACCGAGGCGCAGGAAAAUGAUGCUAGCCGCGAAUCCGCAGCUAUCACCAUUAUCGACGACACACCCACUGUUGAGCAGGGGCCGUUCAGCGAUCCGUCACCAGCUGCUUCAUCGCCGAAGACGAAGGGACAUGUGAAGAAGGGGAGCUUGAGCGCGGUUAUCGAGGAGGCUCAGUCGAAGAAGGCGCAGAGCGAGGCGAGCGCUAAGGAGGAGGCGAAGAAGAAGGAUGAGACGCCGUUUGGCGACGAGCAUGCGACUGAUUGAUCGCAUUUUCACACACACCCAAUACCAAAGGCUGGCUCAACGACGAGCCGACAGAUUUUUCUAUGUAUAUACUUGGAAGGGCGUUUGGAGGAGUUGGGAGGACAACAACUAGUCUCCACGACAUGACGGGCUCUUUUAUUUUUUGCGGCCGGAAAACUCCUUUUUGUUUUUAAGAUAGGAUGGAUUUUUGGAGGAUUUUUCUGGUAUCUUAGCCGGGAGGAGGUUAUGGCUGGGAUGGAGGAUGAAAUUGUUGCAGAAGCAAAUAGGUUUAUUCAAACUGCAGGCCAGACUGCAAGCCAGACGGGCGAUUUACGACACAUUCAAAUACAGC